CCCCUCAGUCCCGAGGGACCCCGCCUCCCAGGCUGGAGGGUGGCCCUGCGGGCAGGUGCACGCGCCGCCUGCCGCCAGCGGGUCCCAGGCGCGCCCGGGGUGGGGGGACCCGGGGACCGGCUGCGCGCACGGCGCUUCUCGGCGCUACAUCCCUCGCUCCGCUCCCCACCCCGCCCUGUGAUUGACAGGCAAGAUGUCGGUGUGGAGCGAGGCAGGAGCCGUCACCCCUGGAGCCCGGCGGCGGCAGCAGCGGCGGCGACAGCGGCGGCAGCAGCGACAGUGGCGGCAGCAGCAGCAGCGUUGUCGCGGGGAGCAGACCGCAGCCAGCCGCAGUGGGCGCCGCAUCCGCGCCAGUCGUGCGCACAGCAUCCUGAGAGCGCGCUGAGCGCGGGGACCCGCGGACCAUGCCGUGUCACCGCGACCGGGAGGGGGGCAGGCGCGCUCCUUUUUGACAUAAAAGCCAGCCGGCCAAAUAGAUUUAUAUACGUAUAAUUCCGCCCUUCACGGAGCCGGUGUGCGAAGCGUGAGCUCUAUUUCCCUCUGCCUCCUCCUUCCACUCCUCCUCCUCCCCUUCCUCCUCCUCGCCCUCCUCCUCUUUCUCCUCCUCCUAAGUGUACAGACUGCACCCUACCACCUGGUUGGCUUCUGACAAACGGGCAUCUCUCCCUUUUUAGGGACCAGAGACACAGAGAAAGAGAGAGGAGAGAGACAAGGGACAUCCUAAUGCAGACUGCCUGAUACUCCCCCCCAGAAAAUAAUAAUAAAUUUUGGCUCUUGUCCCCUCCUCCAACCCCCACCCCCUCAAGCUUGUGUGAGAUGUUGGGUUUCUUCAGGAGACACUGCUGAGAAGUCGCAGUGGUUGGAGAGGCGUAGGGGGGUGGGCUCCCUCUACCUCCACUCCCUCCCUCCCCCUUUUUUUCUUUCUGGGAGGAGGUGGAGGAGGAGGGGAAGGGGGGUUGCAGAGCAAGCGAUGGAUGAGGAAAACAUGACGAAAAGCGAGGAACAGCAACCUCUGAGUUUGCAAAAAGCCUUGCAGCAGUGCGAGCUGGUUCAGAACAUGAUAGACCUGAGCAUCUCCAAUCUGGAAGGGCUAAGGACGAAGUGUGCAGCUUCCAACGACCUCACGCAGAAGGAGAUCAGGACCCUGGAGAGCAAGCUGGUGAAGUACUUCAGCCGGCAGCUGUCCUGCAAGAAGAAGGUGGCUCUGCAGGAGCGCAAUGCCGAACUGGACGGCUUCCCCCAGCUCCACCACUGGUUCCGGAUCGUGGAUGUGCGCAAGGAAGUCCUGGAGGAGAUCUCCCCUGACCAGCUGAGCCUGGAGGACCUCCUAGAGAUGACAGAUGAGCAGGUGUGUGAGACGGUGGAGAAGUAUGGAGCCAACCAGGAGGAAUGUGCCCGGCUCAACGCCUCCCUGACCUGUCUCAGGAAUGUGCACACAUCAGGAGGGAACCUCUCCAAACAAGACUGGAUCAUCCAGUGGCCCACCACGGAGCCAGGGCAGGAUAACAACCCUGCGUGCCCCCCGGAGUCCAGCCCGUGGAUCCGCACCCACCUCUCCCAGAGCCCCAGGGUCCAGUCCAAAUGUGUCCAGCCCUUCUGUCACGCCAGCCCUACGCCUGGGGCCCCUGUGUACACCCAUGUGGACAGACUCACCGUGGAUGCCUACCAGAGCUUAUGCCCGCCGCCACCCCUGGAAUCAGGCCACCGCUCCCUGCCUCCAUCACCCCGGCAGCGGCACGCAGUCCGCACCCCACCUCGCACCCCAAAUAUCGUCACCACCGUGACCCCACCUGGCACGCCACCCAUAAGGAGAAAAAACAAGCUGAAGCCUCCGGGGACGCCGCCACCCUCCUCUCGGAAACUUAUCCAUCUGCUCCCUGGCUUUACGGCGCUGCACAGGAGCAAAUCCCACGAGUUCCAGCUCGGGAACCGUGUAGAGGAGGCUAACACACCCAAAGCCAAGAAGAAGAGCAAACCCCUGAACCUCAAGAUCCACAGUGGCGUGGGCAGCUGUGAGAACAUCCCUGCCCAGCAGCGCUCCCCUCUCCUCUCCGAGCGCUCCCUGAGGUCCUUCUUCGUGGGCCACGCACCCUUUCUGCCCUCCACCCCACCCGUCCACACCGAGGCCAAUUUCUCUGCCAACACACUGUCUGUACCGCGGUGGUCACCGCAGAUCCCACGCAGAGACCUUGGCAACUCCAUCAAGCACAGGUUUUCCACCAAGUACUGGAUGUCUCAGACGUGCACUGUCUGCGGGAAAGGGAUGCUUUUUGGCCUCAAGUGUAAAAAUUGCAAGUUAAAGUGCCACAACAAAUGCACCAAAGAAGCCCCACCUUGUCAUCUCCUGAUCAUCCAUCGAGGAGACCCAGCAAGGUUAGUGCGAACGGAGUCGGUCCCCUGUGACAUCAACAACCCUGUCCGGAAGCCAGCACGAUACUCAGAUCUGCAUAUAAGCCAGACGCUCCCCAAAACCAACAAAAUCAACAAGGACCACAUCCCCGUCCCUUACCAGCCAGACUCCAGCAGCAACCCCUCAUCCACGACGUCCUCCACGCCCUCCUCGCCAGCACCCCCCCUCCCUCCCAGCGCCACGCCGCCUUCUCCCCUGCACCCUUCCCCACAGUGCACGAGACAGAAAAAGAACUUCAACCUGCCAGCUUCCCACUACUACAAAUAUAAGCAGCAGUUCAUCUUCCCAGAUGUGGUGCCCGUACCAGAGACGCCCACCCGGGCGCCCCAAGUCAUCUUGCAUCCGGUCACCUCGAAUACAAUCUUGGAAGGAAAUCCAUUACUUCAGAUUGAAGUGGAACCAACCUCAGAGAACGAAGAAGGCCACGAUGAAGCCGAGGAGUCUGAGGAUGACUUUGAGGAGAUGAACCUGUCCCUCCUCUCAGCCCGGAGCUUUCCACGCAAGGCCAGCCAGACCAGCAUCUUCCUUCAGGAAUGGGACAUCCCCUUUGAGCAGCUAGAGAUUGGCGAGCUCAUCGGGAAGGGUCGCUUCGGGCAGGUGUACCACGGACGCUGGCAUGGCGAGGUGGCGAUCAGGUUGAUUGACAUCGAGAGGGACAAUGAGGACCAGCUCAAGGCCUUCAAGCGGGAAGUGAUGGCCUACAGGCAGACCAGGCAUGAGAAUGUGGUGCUCUUCAUGGGGGCCUGCAUGAGCCCGCCUCACCUGGCCAUCAUUACCAGCCUCUGUAAGGGACGGACCCUCUACUCUGUAGUGAGAGAUGCCAAGAUUGUCCUGGAUGUCAACAAAACCAGACAGAUCGCACAAGAAAUUGUGAAGGGCAUGGGUUACCUCCAUGCCAAAGGCAUCCUUCACAAGGACCUCAAAUCAAAGAAUGUCUUCUACGACAACGGUAAAGUGGUCAUCACGGAUUUCGGGCUCUUCAGCAUUUCUGGGGUGCUGCAGGCUGGCAGGAGAGAAGACAAGUUACGCAUCCAGAAUGGCUGGCUGUGCCACUUGGCCCCAGAGAUUAUCCGCCAGUUGUCCCCUGACACUGAAGAGGACAAGCUACCCUUCUCCAAGCAUUCAGAUGUCUUUGCACUUGGAACCAUCUGGUAUGAGCUCCACGCCCGGGAGUGGCCAUUCAAGACUCAACCAGCAGAGGCAAUAAUUUGGCAGAUGGGUGCAGGCAUGAAACCCAACCUCAGCCAGAUUGGCAUGGGAAAAGAAAUCUCGGAUAUCCUGCUCUUUUGCUGGGCCUUCGAACAGGAAGAGCGGCCUACCUUCACCAAGCUCAUGGACAUGCUAGAGAAACUGCCAAAGCGAAACCGCCGCCUGUCGCACCCAGGACAUUUCUGGAAGUCUGCAGAGCUGUGACCAUGGACACAUGGACUCACCCCCAAACCACCUCUUCCUCCCUGCUCUGCCCUCUGCCAGCUCAGGAGACCCAGCCUCACCACCAAGGGG